AUGCCGUCACGGCGGGACCCAGCCACGCCAUUGCAGCGGCUCCGCUCGCUCGUGUUCCGCGUGCAGGAGGUCAGCACGCUCUUCGCCAGCUCAGAUGCUGCUGGAAUCGACACGUGGCACUCACCGCGAUCCCCGCAUUGCACAUCGACGGUUAAGGACAGGGGCAGUAGGACUGGGGAAGCGGAGAGCACCGAGGCGGCGGAAUGGGGUGGCGGGAGCGGCGGAGAAGCGACGCUGAAGCGGUCGCUGGGAUGGGCGGACACGAUCUCGCUGGGGGUCGCCAGCAUCAUCGGCGCGGGCGUGUUUGUCAUCACAGGGGUGGCGGCUCGAGACCACGCCGGCCCCUCUGUCAUCCUCUCGUACCUCCUCUCUGCCACGUCAGCACUCCUCUCCGCCCUCUGCUACACCGAGUUUGCCGUCCACCUGCCUGUAGCGGGCGGCGCCUUCUCCUACCUCAUGGUCACGCUAGGCGAGCUCCCAGCCUUCAUCACAGUAGCGAAUCUCCUUAUGGAGUACAUUCUCUCCAACGCCGCUGCUGCCCGCGGCCUCUCCGCCUACUUCGCAGGGUUCCUCGGGCAGGACCCGGAAAUUUUCCGGCUGCCCGUGCCAGCAUGGGGAAUUACCCUGGAUUUUGUUGCGCUGGGGCUGAUCCUGUCCCUGUCCGUGCUGGUGGCAUACGGCACCCAGGAAUCGUCCUACUUCAACUUCCUUGCCUCCGGUCUCAGCAUGCUUGCCAUUGCCAUCAUUAUCGUUGCUGGCUUCACAGCAGGCAGCCUGGAAAACGUCACCGCUUCCUUUGCUCCGUUCGGCCUGCAGGGCAUGCUGGACGCAGCAGCGCUCGUCUACUUCUGUUUUAUCGGCUUUGAUGCGGUUACCACACUCGCAGAAGAAGUCGCGAAUCCGGCCUUUGAUCUCCCGAUAGGUAUCGUCGGAUCGGUGGCUGUGGUGGCUCUGGUCUACGGCUUCAUGGCGCUCUCCCUCUGCCUUCUCGUGCCCUACACUCAGAUUGACGCCGACGCUCCCUUCUCCUCCGCGUUGCGCCAGCUGGCAGGGUGGGAUUGGGCAGCAGGCGCAGUGGCAGCAGGGGCGCUGCUAGCCAUAGUGACUGCGGUGCUGGUGGGGCUGAUGGGUCAGGCUCGGAUCGUGCUGGUGGUGGCUCGGGCUGAGCUUCUGCCGAAGCAGUUUGCUUCGGUGUCACCUGUGACGCGCACACCUCUCUUUGCGACGGCUGUCCUUGGUGUCAUCGCACUACUGGUGGAUCUGGAGACGCUAGCCAGCAUGGUGUCCAUCGGCACGCUGCUCAUCUUCCUCAUGGUCGCCCUCGCCCUCCUCCUGCACCGCUACCACCCCCGCGUCACCCUGCCACCCCUCGCUCCCAUUCCUGCCGCUGCUUCUGCACAUACAGCAGCAUCAGAAGGAGCAGGAGUGGGGAGAAACGUAGUAGAAGAGGCAGCAGCAGAAGCAGCAGGAGAUGAUGGAGUCCCUUUGAUGGCAAACGAAUGUCACUCCCGACCUUGUGAGGUCAACCCACCUGCUGUGCUCUCACCGCGAAAACAUCAAGUGCAAGCUGCACGGCAGCAGAGCGAGAAUGGACAAACCACUGAGGGAACCGCCAAGGGAUGGCAAAAACAGAAGCAGGGUGGCGGGGAGGGCAUGGGGGUGGUGCUGAUGCAUCUGGGUGUGAUGGUGGGGGGGGCAGCAGGCGUGGCAGUGGCGUUCAGAGUGCUCCCGGGCCACACUGCACCCGCGCUGCUCUCCGCCUCCCUCUGGGCUGCUGCCACCGCCUCCCUUGCCGCAAGCUGUGGCUAUGCAUUCUUGCUCUUGUUCCCCUUUCCCUCUUCUGCCUCAUCCCCUUGGAACCCCCUCUUGCCUUUUGCCCUCGUUCUCCUCAUUUCCAAUUCCUCCACUUACGCUCCCUCAUCUCUCCUCCCUCCGCCCCAAAUUCUUCCUCCAUUUCCCCUCAUCCCCCCUACAUUUUCCCCUAUUUCCGCCCCACACUCUCCCCCCAUUCAUUUCCCCCCCCAGUGCUGCAGGGAAGCGGAGGCCACGCGGGUGUUCUCAGUGCCGCUGUGCCCGUGGCUGCCCUCCGCCUCCAUCCUCAUCAACACGGUGCUCCUCGCCUCCCUCGACACCUCCGCCUUCAUCCGCUUUAUACUCUGGUCUGCCAUAGUCACUGUCGGGUAUGUCCUAAUGGUGCUGCUAUCCCGUGAGCCUAAGGCAGAGUAUGGGGGGGUUAAGGGAGAGCAUGGGGUUAUGACGGCAGCAUCUGCCCUGUCUCCUGCAGCAGAGAGCAAGGCAGAUGACACAGGGGAUGUAGAGUUGACGCCUCUGGUUACCCAUGCGCAAACAUGA